AUGACGGACACAACCGAUAUCAAAAAGGUCACUUCUGUUGACAAGGUGACUGUCGACCGCACAGUCACCAACUCGGACGCAACGCGCCUAGAACAACUUGGCAUAAACAGUCAGCUCGAGAGAUCAUUCUCUUUACCAUCUCUGAUCGGACUCUGCCUCUGUCUGAUGGCUACAUGGGAGGCGAGCACGGCAGUCCUGGCCCAGGCGUUGCUGAGCGGCGGCGCUCCUUGUCUUUUUUACAACUUCCUCCUCAGCUUCCUUUGCAGUCUUGCCAUAGGAGCCUCCCUGGCCGAGAUCGCGUCCGUUUAUCCAACCGCGGGAGGACAGUACCAUUGGGUCACGGCUUUGUUUCCUGCAUGGGGUAGAAAACACAUCGGUUGGGUCACGGGGUGGAUUUCAAUCGGCGGCCAGAUCGUCUUUACGGCGUCGGCAGCCAUGGCUAGCGGCCUAAUGGUCCAGGGGCUGGUCGUCCUUAACAAUGACGACUAUACUGGCACCAGAUGGCAAGGGAUGCUUUUAUACUGGGCCUUCUUGGCUUAUGCCACCGCGAUGAACAUAUGGGGUCAUCGAAGUUUGCCAUCGGCAAACUUGAUAUCAGCUGCACUUCACGUGGUUGGCUUCGUGGCUGCGUUCGUUGUGCUCGCCGCCAUGGCAGAUAAAAACUCAGCGCGUUCUGUCUUCGUCCAAGUCCAAAAUUCAACCGGCUGGUCCAGUGACGGGGUGGCCUGGAUGGUGGGACUUCUCAGCACUGUUUACCCAUUCCUUGGAUAUGACGCUGCCUGCCAUUUGGCCGAGGAGAUACCUCAUGCCGCUAGAAAUGUCCCUCUUGCAAUCAUGGGCAGCAUUGGCCUCAACGGCUUGAUGGGCCUUGCGUUUGCCACCAUGAUUUUGUUUUCGACAGGACCGUUGGAAGGCAUUCUGACAACCCCGACGGGAUUUCCCUAUAUCCAGAUUUUCCUCCACGUCACGAAGUCCCACGUCGCGGCAACGAUUCUGCCCUUGAUCGUCAUCGCUAUCGCCAUGGCUGCGACGGUUGCCGGUAUCACAUCAACGUCGCGGACGUUGAUGGCAUUUGCCCGGGACAGUGCUACCCCGUUCUCGGGAUUCCUGAGCAAGGUAGACCAACGUGAAGCAAUCCCGACACGAGCCAUCUGGACUAUCGUAGCCCUACAGAUGUCGUUGGGCUUCAUCUAUCUGGCCAGCUCAACAGCCUUCAAUGCCGUUCUCUCCAUGGCUAUUAUUGGCAUGUACCUAUCAUACCUCUUUCCCGUCGUCGCCAUGCUUCUCGGAGGCCGGAGCGGUCUUAAGGCUUCCGACUAUGGGCCUUUUCGACUUGGGAAAGGUCUUGGGAUCUUCUUGAACGUGGUGAGCGUCUGCUGGAUGACGGUAUGUGUCUUGUUCAGUGCGUUUCCGACCGUCAUGCCGGUUACCCCCACUAACAUGAACUACUCGUCUGUGGUCAUAAUGGGAUGGCUUCUAUUUGGCUUAGCCUACUAUGUAAUCUCUGGACGCCACAAGUUUCAGAUGCCCGUCGUUGGGACUGGAGUUGUGAUUGGGAUCCCUCUCGCCUUGGACGUUGGCGCCUGA